AUGCUACGUCACCGUGCGGGCGGGGGGCUCACAGGCAGAGGAGCAGACUCUGGAUCAGCUCGUUUGAGUCGAGAGGUCAGAGGUCAGGGUUCUGCAGGAGGUCAGGGCUCUGCAGGUCAGAGGUCAGGAUUCUGCAGGAGGUCAGAGGUCAGGGCUCUGCAGGAGGUCAGAGGUCAGGGCUCUACAGCAGGUCAGAGGUCAGGGUUCUGCAGGAGGUCGGAGGUCAGGGCUCUGCAGGAGGCCAGAGGUCAGGGUUCUGCAGGAGGUCGGAGGUCAGGGCUCUGCAGGAGGUCAGAGGUCAGGGCUCUGCAGGAGGUCAGAGGUCAGGGUUCUGCAGGAGGUCAGAGGUCAGGGCUCUGCAGGAGGUCAGAGGUCAGGGCUCUGCAGGAGGUCAGAGGUCAGGGUUCUGCAGGAGGUCAGAGGUCAGGGUUCUGCAGGAGGUCAGAGGUCAGGGCUCUGCAGGAGGUCAGAGGUCAGGGUUCUGCAGGAGGUCAGAGGUCAGGGCUCUGCAAGAGGUCAGAGGUUAGGGCUCUACAGCAGGUCAGAGGUCAGGGUUCUGCAGGAGGCCAGAGGUCAGGGUUCUGCAGGAGGUCGGAGGUCAGGGCUCUGCAGGAGGUCAGAGGUCAGGGUUCUGCAGGAGGUCAGAGGUCAGGGUUCUGCAGGAGGUCAGAGGUCAGGGCUCUGCAGGAGGUCAGAGGUCAGGGUUCUGCAGGAGGUCAGAGGUCAGGGUUCUGCAGGAGGUCAGAGGUCAGGGCUCUGCAAGAGGUCAGGGUUCUGCAGGAGGUCAGAGGUCAGGGUUCUGCAGGAGGUCAGAGGUCAGGGUUCUGCAGGAGGUCAGAGGUCAGGGCUCUGCAGGAGGUCAGAGGUCAGGGUUCUGCAGGAGGUCAGAGGUCAGGGCUCUGCAGGAGGUCAGCAGAGGUCAGGGUUCUGCAGGAGGUCAGAGGUCAGGGUUCUGCAGGAGGUCAGAGGUCAGGGCUCUGCAGGAGGUCAGAGGUCAGGGUUCUGCAGGAGGUCAGAGGUCAGGGCUCUGUAGGAGGUCAGAGGUCAGGGUUCUGUAGGAGGUCAGAGGUCAGGGCUCUGCAGGAGGUCAGAGGUCAGGGUUCUGCAGGAGGUCAGAGGUCAGGGCUCUGCAAGAGGUCAGGGUUCUGCAGGAGGUCAGAGGUCAGGGUUCUGCAGGAGGUCAGAGGUCAGGGCUCUGCAAGAGGAGGUCAGAGGUCAGGAUUCUGCAGGAGGUCAGAGGUCAGGGCUCUGCAGGAGGUCAGAGGUCAGGGUUCUGCAGGAGGUCAGAGGUCAGGGCUCUGCAAGAGGUCAGAGGUCAGGGUUCUGCAGGAGGUCAGAGGUCAGGGCUCUGCAGGAGGUCAGAGGUCAGGGUUCUGCAGGAGGUCAGAGGUCAGGGCUCUGCAGGAGGUCAGAGGUCAGGGCUCUGUUGGGGGCUGUGGUGCUUCUUACCGCGGGGGUGAGUCCGGGUACAGACCGCUCUGCUCCAGGUUCUCUCCGUACGAGUCCAGACCAGAGGGAAACUCCUCCAAACAGGACCUCAGCUCUCCCACUGAGCCGUGA